AUGAAAUCAGGGGAGCAAACGAAACCUUAAAUAAGGUUUAUGACGUACAAAAUAUUAGAUGGAAGGUUUUGCCAAGAGGAAGUGGUACGUGUUUACUCACCUAAGUGGUCGAUCUCUAAACUAUUCAUCGGAAGGUAAUUUUGGUUAACCGUCACGGUGCUGCGGUACCGGUAGCUUCUAUCUAUCGUAUGAAUCUUCUAGACAUUUCUAUCCCACAAUGAUCAGGUUCAUAUUGAUACAGAAUAGAGCAGGAAAGACAAGGCUGGCGAAAUGGUAUAUGCAUUUUGAUGAUGAUGAAAAACAAAAACUGAUUGAAGAAGUUCAUGCUGUCGUCACAGUUCGUGAUGCUAAACAUACAAACUUUGUUGAGUUCCGGAAUUUUAAAAUUGUUUACAGGCGAUAUGCAGGACUGUACUUCUGCAUUUGUGUUGAUGUGAAUGACAACAACCUUGCUUAUCUUGAAGCUAUACACAAUUUUGUCGAGGUGCUGAAUGAAUAUUUUCACAACGUUUGUGAGCUUGAUUUGGUGUUUAACUUUUACAGAGUUUACACUGUAGUUGAUGAAAUGUUUCUUCUUGCUGGGGAGAUAAGGGAAACAAGUCAAACAAAAGUCUUGAAACAGUUAUUGAUGUUGCAAAGUUUGGAAUAAAUUGAUUUAAUUACAACUCAUAUUUUGUUGAAUGAAUGACAUGUCAAGUUAUAUAAAUUUUGAUUUCUUUUCUGCGAAUUCAUUCCAACCAUGCAGAUGUUCUGUGAUUGGUUAAGAAAACAAUAUAACGAUAAAACAUAUUGUUAUAUUUUCUAGUGAAUAUUGGUGCUCUGGUAAUUUUAACAGGAUUUUCAAUUAUAGAUAUGCAUAAUAUUUAUACUUAACAUCCAUUUGUAAAUGUAGUGUAUGUUGAAAUGUUGCAGAAGAUCUGCAUGUCAUAAAUGUUGAGCUACUGCUACGAAUGCAGGUCAUGUAGUAUAAUGUUGAAUACUUUAUAAAUAAUUACAUAUCUUUUUCGUAAAUAUUUCAACUAAAACUAGAAGACAAAUAUGCUGAACUUUGUGGAAUCAAAAUAAACUGGUUAGUUACACCCUGUCUGUCUAACCAAAAGCAUUAUAAUUGUGGUGAUCUUGUCAAAACUUGUUUUUUUCUUUUAUUCCUGCCAUUAUUUGUGAAUACGCAUGGGCUCUUUGUUGAUGAUGUCUACAUUUAUUUUGUCAGGCCAAAUGUUUUAGAGUUGAUAUAUUAGAGCUAAGACAGCAAACCUCGUUCAAAUGUAAAUUCAAUAGUGUCAAUAAAAUGUAAUUACUUAAAU